AUGGCAGUAGAAUCUGUGCUUACUUUUGCUGCCGAGGGAAUACUGACAAAGCUGACUUCCCUUGCUGCUCACGAAAUCAGUCUUGCCUGGGGAUUCAAAGCUGAACUAAACAGGCUUCGUGAAACGCUGUCCACCAUUGAAGGUUACUUAGCUGACGUUCCCCAGAAACCACAAGAUCAGGGCGGGUCCUUAAAAAAAUGGGUGACAAAUCUUACACGCCUAGCUCAAGAUGCAGAUGAUGUCUUGGAUGAAUUCAACUAUGAACUUCUCCGGCGCAACGUAGAAAUCCGAAAUCAUAUGAAGAAAAAGGUACUCAACUUCUUUUCACUCUCCAACCCGGUCGCAUUCCGCCUUAAAAUUGCACAUAAAAUUCAGAAGAUCAAUGCAUCCUUGGUGGAUCUCAAGAGCGAGGCUCCUGUCAUUGGACUAGUUUCCAGGCAAAUAGAUGCAGCCCCUCAAGGAAUUAGAGGACGCAUACAAACCGACUCAUUUCCUGAAAAAGAUGGAAUCAUCGUUGGCAGGGAGGAGGUUGUUUCAAACAUAGUUACAACCUUGACCAACUCCAACAUCAAUCAAGAAAAUAUUGCUGUUAUGGCCAUUGUGGGAAUGGCAGGCCUGGGAAAGACAACUUUGGCCAAGUCAGUGUACAAUGAUGAUUCAAAGUAUUUUGAAAAAAGGAUGUGGGUGUGUGUGUCUGAUCCUUUUAACAUCAAUGUGAUUUUGAUCUGCAUGUUAGAAUCUCUUAACCCAUCAAAAGCCACUGUAAGAGAAAAUCAAGAUGCACUGCUUAAAUACCUUGAAGAAGAGUUGAGAGCGAAAAGAUACUUGCUGGUACUUGAUGAUGUUUGGAAUGAAGAUUCGGAGAAAUGGGAAAGUUUGAUGAGCUAUUUGUCAAAGUUGAAUUCUGCUCCAGGAAGCAAAAUUAUUGUCACUACCCGCAGUGGCAUAGUUGCAUCACUCACAGAAACACUUCCGCGGCCUGAAUUGAAACUUCUAUCAACGGAUGAAUGCUGGUCCGUAUUGAAACAUGCAGCUUGCUCAGAUGGUAGUUCUGAUAUACCUCUUGGUUUAGAGAGAAUUGGACGGGAAAUUGCUAAAAAUUGUGAAGGUCUACCAUUGAUGGCAAAGGUUUUGGGAGGCAUUUUGCUCUCUAAAAAGACUCCUGCUGAAUGGUCUGAAGUCAAAAACAACAGAAUAUGGGACUUACCAAAAGCAGAAGAUAGAAUCAUGUCAGUCUUGAAGUUGAGUUUCGAUAAUUUGGAAUCACCGGCACUGAAGCAAUGUUUUUCAUAUUGCUCAGCGUUCAUGAAAGAUGCUGAGAUGGAAAGAGAUGACUUGAUUCAACUUUGGAUGGCUCAAGGAUUCCUCCAUCCUUCUCCUAAAAAAAGUAAUCUAGAGAUGGAGGAUAUAGGUAAUGAAUAUUUUGAUAUUCUAUUCCAAAGCUCCUUAUUUCAAAAUGCUACAGUGGAUGAUGAUGACAUUGUUACUGAAUGCAAGAUGCACGAUCUAGUGCACGAUCUUGCAGAACGUGUAUCCGAAACUGAAAGUAUGAUGCUAGACUUCCACAAGAAUGAAGAUGUUGCAACUCCCAUUAUAGAAAGAAUUCCAGAAGGAAGUAGUGGGAAAUUGAGAUCACUGUUUUCGAAUGCUGAAGCACAACUUGGAAACAUGUUGCCAUGGUUUAAAGCUUUACGUGUCUUGAAAUUAUGUGGGGCAUGUAUUGAGGAGCUUCCAAGUUCAAUCGGAAAGCUGAAACACUUGAGAUAUCUUAAUAUUUCCUUUACAAAAAUCAAGAGACUUCCAAAUUCUGUUGGCAAGCUAUAUAACCUACAGACAUUAAGAGCAACAAACUGCGACCUUGAAGAAUUUCCAAAAGACGUGCAAAACUUGAUCAACUUGAGACAUGUUUAUUGUGAUGAGGGAGUGAAAUUUCCAGCUGGAGUAUUAGGGAGAUUAACGCUCCUCCGAACAUUACCUUAUGAGGUGAUGGGUAGGGAAAUUAAGGAGCUGGCUGCCUUGAAUCAAUUGAAGGGUAAAUUGAUUAUUUGUAAUUUGGAAGACGUAAGGAAUGGAGAUGAGGCAAGUAAAGCUAAAUUAGAGGAGAAAAAAAACGUACGCUGCUUGUUAUUUGAAUGGUCAGAAAAUAGGUCAAUAACCAAUAAUAAUGAAGAGGAUGUACUAGAAGGCCUCCAGCCGCAUUCUGAGUUGGAAAGGCUAGAGAUUCAAUAUUUCAUGGGUACUAAAUUUCCAUCAUGGAUGAUUAAGCUUGACAAUCUAAAGCAGAUUAAGCUUAACGGGUGCAACCGAUGUGAAGAAGUCCCAACACUCGGCCAUCUAUCUCAUCUUACAGUUGUUUGGAUUCAAGGAUGUAGUGGUCUACAAUCUAUUCCAGAUUUAAACCUCUUCACAUCCCUCCGUGACUUGCGCAUUGAAUCUUGUGAGAGAUUAGAAAGUUUGGUGAGCAGUGGGCCCAUCAAUGUGGAGUUGCUGAAUAUAACAGGUUGUAGUGGUGUACAAUCUAUUCCAGAUUUAAACCUCUUCACAUCCCUCAGUAUGUUCAACAUUCAAUCUUGUGAUAGAUUAGAAAGUUUGGUGAGCAGUGGGCCCAUCAAUGUGAAGCAUAUGUUCAACAUUCAAUCUUGUGAUAGAUUAGAAAGUUUGGUGAGCAGUGGGCCCAUCAAUGUGGGGCAUAUGUUCAACAUUCAAUCUUGUGAUAGAUUAGAAAGUUUGGUGAGCAGUGGGCCCAUCAAUGUGGGGCAUAUGUUCAACAUUCAAUCUUGUGAUAGAUUGGAAAGUUUGGUGAGCAGUGGGCCCAUCGAUGUGGGGCAUAUGUUCAACAUUCAAUCUUGUGAUAGAUUGGAAAGUUUGAUUAAAAAGUUUGGUGAGCAGUGGGCCCAUCAAUGUGAAGUUCAUGAAUAUACACUACAACACUGGGGCAAUUUCACGUCCCAUCAUUUAGUUGCUUUCUCCUCUGACCACCAUCCGAUUCUCAUUGCAUCUGACGGUCCACAAGGUGACAAAGCUAGAGGUCCUAGAGGUCGUCGUCGGUUUCAGUUUGAGGAGGUAUGGACUACGGAAGUUGACUGUGAAGAGGUUGUUCGUCAAUCUUGGCAGAAUGCAGUGUCACCCCUUUCUAAUAUUGACAACUGUGCCAGCAACUUGUCACGCUGGUGUGCCGAAAAGGGUGGCCAGGUCCCCAAGAAAGUUAAGGAGUUACAGCUUAGGUUGGCAAGUCUUCAAUCAGAUGAGCCGUCGAUGCAGACUUUUCAUACUCGUAGCCUAAUUGAAACUGAACUUGAUAAGUGUCUUGAACAGGAAGAAAUUUAUUGGCACCAAAGAUCGCGGGUCCAGUGGCUUCAGCAUGGAGACCGUAACACCUCUUUCUUUCAUAAGCAAGCCACAAGUCGCAGGAAGAAAAAUGCCCUAGUAGGGAUACUAGAUGAAAAUGAUCGUUGGCAGCGUGAAUAUGAUAAAAUAGGUAACCUUACAUCUCUUAUCUACCUGGAUAUUAGGGAUUGUAAGAAUCUGAUGUAUCUGCCUACCGUUGACGUUAUGCAACGCCUCACCACAUUAUACAAGCUACUUAUUAGUGGAUGUCCCCUUCUGGAGGAAAGAUGUGCCAAGGAGAGCGGCCCAGAAUGGCACAAGAUUUCUCACAUCAUUAUACUGCGUGAAGAAUCGGAAUCUUCAAGUGAUGAUUCGACUCACUCAAAGCCUCACCAAACUAGCACAGUACUCAACUGUUCAUGUUUUUCAUGA